GCCAUUGCAUAGCGCGCGAUGCGUACCGUGGACCCGGAGCUAUGGGCCCGGCGCCACAAGCCGGGGCUGGUGACGUCACGGCUGCGGCCGGGGCUGGUGACGUCACGGCUGCGGCCGGGGCUGGUGACGUCACGGCUGCGGCCGGGGCUGGAGCGCACGCUGCGCGACAGCCUGCGGGCCGCCGCCGCCGAGUACUGGCACCACUGCUCCGUAGGGUUCGUCAAGUACAUGAAACACGACGAUGUCAAUACACAUAAGAAGUGGCGCAACGUGGCGCUGGUGGCGGCGACGUUCGCGCUGGGCUGCGCGGCGCUGGCGGACGGCGCGCUGCAGUACCGCGCGCGGCCGCCGCUGUUCGUGCAGAAGUACGUGGCGUCGAUGGCGCACGCGCCGUUCCCGGCCGUCGCCAUCUGCAGCAACAAGGUCAUCAGCCGGGCGGCCCUGCGGAACCUCACGCGACACCUGCACACCUCAGCUACCAACCAGCGGUACCAAUACUCCGAGGCUCAGAUAGAAGACAACCUCCUGAAAAUGGGCGCCCUGCUGACGUACGCGUACACCGACGUCGACUUCGUGUUCACCAAGUUCAUCCGGCAGAGCAUGCCGCGGUUCAACAUCACCGACAUCAUGUACCGAUUCUCGGCCAACUGCUCGACGAUCCUGGUGCGGUGCUCGUGGCGCGGCCAGGUGCGCGACUGCGGGGACCUGUUCGCGACCAGACUGACGGCGCUCGGCUUCUGCUGCGUCUUCAACUCGAGAUACCAGUCCGCAGACUUCGGCCGGCAGCCGCAGGUGCUGAACCAGACUGGGAAGGACUUCGGGCUCGGCGUGGUGCUGCACGAGCUGCAGGACGACUUCGCGUACAUGCGGCGCCCAGCGUACGGGAUGGAGGUGCUACUGUUCGAGGGCAGCGAGUUCCCGAUCGUGGAGGGCGGCGACGUGCGCGUGUACCCGCUGCCGAUCAAUGCCUCCGUCUACUUCAACAUCCAGGCGAUGACGCAGCAGCCCGCCGACGAGAUCAGCUCCUACUCCGAGAAGAGGCGCGGGUGUCGGCUGGGCCGCGCCGGCAUGUCGCAGUGCUUGGCGGACUGCCGCCGCGACACCGCCGAGGCGCUGUGCAAGUGCGUGCCGUACACGCUGCAGCCGCAGUUCGUGCCGCGCACGUCCGCCACCUGCACGCUCAACGAACUCGCGUGUCUCACCAAACAUAGAGAGAAGUUCAUGUACGUGUACCCCGGGGAAGAGGCCGACGUGUCGCUGGAGCAGGAGCAGCAGGACUCGCUGCUGUGUGAGUGCGUGGUGCACUGCCGCCGCCGGCUCUACAAGGCCAAGAUCUCCUACUCCUUCUACGGCACGAAGCAGAGGGUCUUUCAAAACUUUCUCACAAGGAACAUGUCGCUGAAGAGUACGACGUCGCUCCGGCUGUUCUACGGCGUCGACCGGCAGCAGUGGUACCGGGUCGAGGUGUUCUCGCGGCUGUCUGAUGUUUGCGUGAAGCUGAGCUGCCAGUGGAUGGCCAUCACGGGCAUCACGCUGCUGGGCUGCUGGGAGCUGGUGUACCACGCCACGUGCCGGUGGGCGCGCCACGCGGCGACAUCUGUGCCGCGCGCCGCGCACUGCGCGCUGCCUCAACGGCGCACGGAGCCAACCGCGCCUACAUUGUAACUCAUUGUAAUGUUGACGGUGUACUGUAGAUGGCGCCGCGGGUCACGCCUUCAUAGUGUUUCACAGCAAUGACCGACAUACUGCGAGACAUAAUAUGUAACUUCACAGAUACCAUCAUUAUUAUACUUUAUUUUACUUUUAACUGUUUGGCUUAUGGUUUCUAAAUAAAAUAUUUAUUUAAGUGUAACUUGUAUCUAUAUUUUUGGUUCGUUUUAAAAAUAAAUAUCCUUUUGUUCCAGACU